CACACCUCAAAAGUGCGCGUCUUCCCAUUUUCUGUCCGCUGACCUGAAAACCUGCAUCGGGGCGCAAGAGAGACUCAGCAGACAAAGACCCAGUAUAUCCACACUGCAGUCAUGGCAACUGAAGGAGAAUUGAUGUUUCAUGAUCAAAGUGACUUUGAAUAUGAUUAUGAGACACUUCGAACUACAGGGGUCAUCAUUGGUGUGAUCUUGUUUGUGUCUGGUAUCCUAAUAGCUCUUAGUAAAAAACUCACAUGCUCAAAAUCGUCUUCCAACUCUAAUCCAGCAGGCACCCAAAUACCAAAGACAGAGGUGCCUCCUCAAACAGUAUAGAUGAAGUGUGCAUGGAGGCGAGGGAGAGUCAUCAUGGGAGGUGCUGCAGAGAGAGGCCAACAUACAUAAUAACACACACUCUCACAUUUAUGGCUGACACACACCAGCGCCCAUUGGAACAUCAAGUAUGGUGCACACCCAGCCCAAGCUGACCAGAAGAAUGACUGAAUUGUCAUUCUUGAUUUAAAUAAAAUGUAUAUCAAGCCAAGAUGAAGAUGUUACUCUUAACCGUCUUUGUGACUUGUGUAUUAGGUGCUAUCAAUCUACCUUGCCCAGGAGAGAAUGUAAAGUAGCCUUCAGUGCUGAUUUGGGGUUUAUCCUUACCCCAAUCUGCACCAAAAGCACCUAAAAGCAAAAAAACAUACCUGGCCCAAGAUCAGCUUUCAGGUGCACUGUAAAUAUAUAUCAUGAUGUGGGUAGUGUUGAAACAGAACUGAAUGCUGUGCUCUCUCUGUUCCUUGCUUUUGACUUCAUACACACCCAAGAAAGU